GAGACCAUCACACUCCUCCUCUCAGAAAGACAAAUGGGAUUCUGUAGCUGUUCAUUGGCUGCCUCUGUUGAGGGGCGAGUAAAUAGGAUUUGCAGACAAUGUGACAGCUGUGCUGGGGAUGUCCUAUAAAUUAAAGGGAGGGCAGAAGGAGGGAAAUUUGAAAAUAUUCUCGGAGAGAUAAGAUGAGCCUGGAGACGACAGAUCGCAAAGCUUCAUGGAUGACAACAGGGGCACCCAGGGGAUGCAGCUGGAAGAAACCACAUCUGGAACAGCCAAAACGUCUGGUCUACAAAAAGAUCAUCAAACCACUAAUGGAGAAGAAGCGAAGGAAUCGAAUUGCCCAGUCUCUCAACCAACUGAAGGCUCUCUUACUAGAUGGCACCAGCGCAGGUAACAAGCCUCUUCCCAAUUCUCGCAUGGACAAGGCAGCUCUUCUAGAAAUGACUGUACAGCGGAUUCAAACACUGCAGCUAGCAGUGGCAGAGGACAAGGGCUUUCAUACAGGAUACUCCUACUGUGCCUCUCUUGUCCAAGCCUUCCUCAUUUCAGAGACACAGCAGUAUCUGAAUGCUGCCAGUCAGUCAAGCUCUUCAUCCAGACGCCCCUCUGGGACUUCACUGGCAAUUUCUCCACCAGCAUCUAAGCUGGGAAAGGUCUCCAGCUGGAGUGAAAAGUGCCUGGCUUCCCCUGGCUUUAGAUGUUUUGAAAGGUCUGUCCCUUCUGGGAUCCUGAACAGAACAGGGUCCCAGGUAUUCUGGAGACCCUGGUCUACUUGAACCUCUUUUAACCUAUAUAAUAAGGAAAUGAGGACAGAAAGAAUCAUGCGAGUACUGGAGCCUCUAAUUUAUUUGGCUUUGAUGAAAUACUUUCAGGAAUUUUUGUGUGCCUGUGGCUCCAUGGAGGAAAGUAUUUGUGCCCUUCUUGUUCUGUCCAUCUUGUCUUAUGAUCCAUUUUCUGCUGUGUACAUAAGUUUUUCCCUUGCUGCUUUCUGUGGUUCUACAUCACACUGUGCUUGGUGUUGUUCACGUGUAUUAAAUAUAAAAGCUUA